UUGACUAUCACCUACAACAUCUAUUUAUACACUGCCAGUGUCAUCACCGUUACUCUCGAGAGAUCCGGCUCCAGACUUAACUACACAUCUGAG